CGGUCGUUGCGUCCGUGCGAUCUCAAGCUUUCGGCUUCCGUGGGAUGCUCACGACCCAAGCUUGGCUUUUCCGGUGCUCCGCCCAAAUCACAGUAAAAUAAUUAAGGAGAUCCAGCGGAGGAGUCAAAAGAGAGAAGAUGAAGAAGCCGGGGUGGUGACCGGACCUCGCCGUCCCCCCAACUCUUCUCUCUCGCUUUCGGACCUUCUGACUGUACCUGAUCCGCCGCUGCCGAUGGGGACCCUCCGCCUCGCCGGAUCGCCCAUUACGUCGUUACUCCUCGUCACCAUCUUCUUCUCCAGGGUGGUCUACUUGUCUGGAGCCGCCGACUCGGAGGUAGUCAAUGCGACGGAGGUGAUCAAGGGGGAGUCCGCCAAGGAGGACAGCUUCGCCGACAUGAUCGACCGUGCACUCGAGAAGGAGUUUCCGGAGAACGAGCAGAAUGGUGGAGAAAUUGACCGUGGUGGCUUCAACAAUAGUGUUGCUGAAAACCAGGCAGUUCUGGAGACUGUAGCUAGAGUCACUACAAAGAAGAAUGAGACCAAAGAGGAAAAAUCCUUUCAGUUUCAUGAUGUUUUUAAUCUGGAUAAUGAGAACCGAGUUGAAGACAUUCCUACCUUAAUAGAUCGGAAGGAUAAUGUCUUUAUCAUAUCAAAUCCAAAGUCAAAGUAUCCAGUAUUACAAUUAGACCUGAGGUUGAUUUCUGAUCUGGUGGUGGUUAUUGUGUCUGCAACAUGUGGUGGAAUUGCAUUUGCCUGUGCUGGGCAACCAGUAAUUACUGGCUACUUGCUUGCUGGAUCUAUCAUUGGACCAGGAGGCUUUCGCUUUAUUAGUGAAAUGGUUCAAGUUGAAACAGUAGCUCAGUUUGGCGUAAUCUUUCUUCUUUUUGCUUUGGGCUUGGACUUCUCCAUAAGUAAGAUUAGAGUUGUCCGCGCCGUGGCUAUUGGUGGAGGAUUUCUCCAAAUUCUACUAUUUAUGUGUUUAUGUGGUAUAAUUGCAUCGUUAUGCGGAGGCAAAACUUCGGAAGGGAUAUUUGUUGGUGCCUUUUUAUCUAUGUCUUCAACCGCUGUGGUUUUGAAGUUUUUGAUGGAAAGGAACAGUAUCAGUGCUCUUCAUGGUCAAGUUACAGUUGGGACACUCAUACUCCAGGAUUGUGCUGUUGGCUUGCUGUUUGCACUACUACCCAUUUUGGGUGGCACGUCUGGUAUUUUCCAGGGGCUUAUGUCAGUUACCAAGUCGUUGAUUAUGCUGUUCACUUUUUUAGCAAUUCUUUCUAUACUAUCACGUACUGCUGUUCCAUGGUUUCUCAGGCUGAUGAUCAGUCUUUCAUCUCAGACCAAUGAACUUUAUCAAUUGGCCUCUGUCGCAUUUUGUCUGCUGGUUGCUUGGUGUAGUGACAAGCUGGGCUUGAGCCUUGAACUGGGUUCUUUUGCUGCUGGAGUAAUGAUAUCAACGACAGAUCUUGCACAACAUACCCUCGAGCAAAUUGAUCCCAUCCGUAACUUCUUUGCAGCUCUUUUUCUUGCUAGCAUUGGGAUGCUAAUACAUGUUCAAUUCCUGUGGAACCAUGUAGAUAUUUUGCUCGCAGCUGUAAUACUAGUAAUUAUUGUAAAAACACUAGUCGUGACACUAGUUGUGAAAGGAUUUGGAUACAAUAACAAGACUUCCCUUCUUGUUGGCUUGUCUCUAGCGCAGAUAGGAGAAUUUGCAUUCGUCCUCUUAAGUCGUGCUUCAAACCUUCAUCUUGUUGAGGGUAAACUGUAUCUUUUACUUCUGGGGACAACCGCACUUAGCUUGGUGACUACUCCAUUGUUAUUCAAGUUUAUCCCUGCAGUCAUUCAUCUUGGAGUUUUGCUGCGAUGGUUUGCUCCUGAUAGCACUGAGUUAGGGCAUAAAGGGGAUAACCUUCGGUCCGAUAGUGCGAAUAAGCGCGUGACUUCAAUGAUUCAGGGCCCUCAUGAUUCAUGAAAAGAAUUUUACAUGAGUUUAUGUUGUGGAUAAUGAUUUGCAAGAGCAUGUGUCGCAGCAAUAUAGGCUGUACCGGAACCAUGUUAUUUCAAGGUUCAUAUUAAAUUUCAAAAGCACGGAUAAGUUCCAUUGCAUUGUCAUCUGAAGGAGGUUACUUUCUAUGCACAGGAGAAAGACUACGAGAAAGCUCUAUUGAUUGAAUUUUAGCACAAAAUGGGAUUUAACCUGUUCUAUCCUAGUCCAUUUUUUGUGUGUAAAGUACACGAAAUGUAUAUUUAGUUUAUUGAUAUGCUGCACCUGUGAGAUUUGAGUUUUCCUUCAUAUUCAUACGAGUCAUAGAAUUGCUGAUUCAUCAGCAUCCGUUUUGUACUUAAACCUUAUCCUCAAUUUUUUAUUUGAAGUCUUGAUUAGUUGUACAAUGUAUCCAUAUUGGUAACAGAAUUUCUUGAA